CCAUCUUGAUCAUAGAAGGGCUCCGGGCUCUAUAUUUAUAUAUAUAUAUAUAUAUAAAGGAAAAUUUUAGCAGAUGAUUCGCAUCACAUCUAAACCUACAGUUUUUUUUCAAAAAAAAGCGUCAAACAUCUAUAUUUUUAGCUUCAAUCAAAUACAGAAUUUAAAUUUGAAAGAUCAUAUAAGAAAAAUAAAAGGUUUUAUUUUUUAUUUAUUUUUGGUUAAAUUAUGAUUAUUAUUAUUAUUUUAUGGUAGUAAGAAAAAUAAAAAGGUUGGGUUCUUCCGUAGACUAAUUUCUCGUACUCUUAUAUUAUAUCGGAGGCUAGCUCAGCUUGGUUAUUUGUGGAACGGAGGACGCAGAAGUCUAAUGGCCUCUGGCAAAGAAAGUGAUGAAGCAGCUGAUACUCCAGACUCGCCAAAGAACGUUUACAAGGAUCCAGACGAUGGGCGUCAACGGUUCUUGCUUGAAUUGGAAUUCGUUCAGUGUCUCGCUAAUCCGACAUACAUCCACUAUUUGGCUCAAAAUCGCUAUUUUGAAGAUGAAGCUUUUAUUGGCUACUUGAAGUACCUUCAAUAUUGGCAACGGCCAGAGUACAUAAAAUUUAUUAUCUUUCAUUCUUUUGUUUUGUUCGCCUAUCCACGUAUAAGUAUUUUCUACAAUAAUAUCAGGUAUCCCCAUUGCCUUUUUUUUCUUGAGCUUCUCCAAAAUGCAAACUUCCGCAAUGCAAUGGCUCAUCCAGGCAACAAGGAAUUGGCACAUAGGCAGCAAUUCUACUUCUGGAAAAACUAUAGGAACAAUCGAUUGAAACACAUAUUACCAAGACCCCUUCCUGAACCUGUAGCUACACCUGCCACUUCUGCCCCACCUCAGCAACAACCCAUGCCACCAGUUACUCCAAGUAUUCCAGGGACAGCAGCUCCUGCUUCGGCUCUUUCUCCUAUGCAGUAUGCCAACAACCCUGGAUCUACUCUUGCAAAAGUUGAUAUGAGAAAUAGUGGGGUUGAUCGAAGAAAGAGAAAGAAAGAAGGUUAACUUGCAUGCAAUAGAAGAAGCUAUUAUAGAUAAAGGUUUUGCAGUUUGUUGGAAACUUUUUUAUUUUUUGAUUGUAGUGAAACUACAAAUCAAAUGGAGCUUCUGUUGAAAGCGAAUCUUUGGUUCACAACUAAAGACACUUGGAGAGGACAAGUGGGAGGUCAGUGACAAUGUCAUAGAACUUCGGAAAUGAUUUUAUGAUAUGUCUUUUUGUAUUUGCCUACUUAUGCUAUGAAGAGAAUGUUGAAAUACAGUUAUAUAUGGCAGUACUCUACCUCUAGUUUCCUCUGGUCUGUUCUUACUAGAUAUCGUGGAGUUUAUUGAGAAAGGAAAAUGCAUGUCACUGUUUCAAUGUUGUAUCUCA